UGUGUUGAUAAACACUGGCCACAUGCUCACCACGAACUUUCACAUUUUAUUUCCGAAGAGAAAGACUUGUUUUUACAGUGUCUUAAUUUAAUAGCUUAAUGUUUUUUUUAAUCUGUUGCUUCGAUGUUUCUGCAAUUGCACGAUGAGAAAUAAAAGCUUACACGUAAGGUGUUCGUAGGGUCCUGAUGGAUUUUAUACAAGCAUUAACCACAGUUGUUACAAAUAUCAUUUUGUCUGUCUCAGCAUUGCAUUCUGCUUAUCAGCUAUUCAAGAACCACAGAGCAUCAUCAAUAGGCUUCCUCCUGAUAGGCUGCUCCUCUGUUCUCUCAGUUCUGUCUCCUACUUUCCCACCAAUCAUCUCAAUCCAGAAGGAUCUAGAAUGGGCAGGUGAAACAUUUGGACCAGCGCUCUCUACAUUUGACUUCCUAUGGCUUAGCGAGGACCGCCUCACCGCCCAGAUCUUCCUAAUUGGCUCCACCCUUCUCCUAAUGCUCUCUGAUUGGUUUACGGCAGACGGAUUGAUCAUUAUGUCAUGCUGCCUGGCCUUCUCCUCCCUGUCGUGUUCACUCACUGUGUGUGCGUUUGCUGAAAAUGCAACGGGAGCGGUGGGAAGUGUAGCCCUUAGUGUGUCUUUAUUUAUUUCCUCAAGGAGUCGAUAUGGCUCUGUGGGUUCCCUCGUGUCUCCUGAGGUACGCCUCCUCGACUGCGCCCUUAAAAUAAUCACGGCAUUAGGAUGCUGGACCACUCGGAAGGCCCUUAAUAAAUACCUGCUUGAUUUAAAAGAUUGGGACUGAACUAUGUCAGUUUCAGAGUGGAAUUGAUCAACUUGAUGUAAGCAUCUGAUGUGUUUCUGAAGACAACAGAGAACCACAGACUGUUUAAUCUGCUGCUUAGCAGGCAUGAGUUAUGCACUGUGUGGCUUUUGCAUGUAAAUGCCUGCUUUUGGCUUCUUUGUGUUAAAGGGCACCUAUUAUGCCCAUUUUUACAAUAUGUAUUAUAAGUCUCAGGUGUGCCUAGAAUGUGUCUGUGAAGUUUCAACUCAAAAUAGUGCACAGAUUAUUUGUUAUAGCAUGUCCAAAAUACCCUUAAAGUGCUCUUUCGCGUGUGUACCUUUAAAUGCAAAUGAGCUACUGGUUUAACUCCCUUACCAACAGACAGUGAGCGCUUUCAGUUCAAAUAGAUCCGAUUAAUACAGUCUGAGAUAAUAGUACCUUUAGCCACAUUAGUGCUAACAACACAUUUAAAUAAGCUUUUGGGUAAAAUUAACCAGUCAAGUCAUUCGCAGUGGGCGGGGAUUUGUUAGUGUGACAUCACAUUAACAAGAGAAUCAAAACGGCAUGUCUAAUGAGACUGCUUUGGUUUAAUAGGGAUUAAAAAAAGAAUUAAAGGGUGGAUUUUUUUGUAGGGUUGUUGUGUUUACACACUGCCAACACACAUUUAUGUCCAAACACCUUGUAAAAGUGAAAUUUGUGUAAUAUGUGCCUUUUAAUAUAAUGAUUAACUUUCCUAAUAGUUUAUUAUAGACCUAACUUAGGUCAUCAAGGGCCACCUUCAUACAGUUUUGGUCCAACCCUAAUCAUGCACAUUAGGCUUACCCUCUAAUUUUAGGGAUAAGUUACAGUGGUUACAGUAGGUUUGACAUGAUGAUAGGGUAUUUUCACAGAAAUGUUUUACCAGGGUCAACUAUGUCCACCCAAAAUCAACUUUCACUUGGUAAAGUGAGUUACAUGGAGUUUGUUAAGAACUUUAAUUAUAUAACAAUAGUUUUAUUAUAACGUAUACCUUUGUUAAAUCCUUGUUUAAUGAAAAACGUUCAGCAUCAACAACAAUGUACUUUUUGUCAGCAAAGAAUGGGCCUCUGUCUAAGCAUACAUACUGUUGUCUAUUGUCCAGGGCACACAUUCAGUAUGUUACACGAAAGCACAACAAUGUAUACAUUGUAUACAUGUAAUGUUUAUACCAGACUGAUCUCAUGGAAAGUUGUGUAGUCACUGAAAAUUGUAUUAAUUUAUUCAUGUCCAUAGCACGAAAUCACCUUUUUUUCGUGCCUUGAGCACAGAUGUCUUUUUUGUGUCACUCACACGUAUUUCUAUUAAUUGUUUUUCGUGUCAGUUGCAUGACUUUAGUUUCAUUUUAUGAAUAGUUUUCCCCUAGUUUUUUUUUCCUAUUGUCUUACCAUUGUUGUUUGGGGUUGGGGUUAGAAGAAUCACUCUAGGCGAAAAUAGUUUUAAAAGCGGGAGAAAAACAUGCAGAAACGAUUACAUAAAAUAACAUCCUAACCCAAACCCCAAAUCUAAUCCCAAGGGACAAUGAUUUACAAGUAAAAAAAAGAGAAAACAAUACAUAAAAUCACACGAAUAAAGUCGUGCCACGGACACAAAAAACCAUUUAUAGAAAUUCAUGCAGGUGACACAAAAAGACAUUUGUGCUCAAGGCACAAAAAAAAAGAAUUUAAUGCCAUGGACACAAAUAAAUAAAUACACAUUUUCGUGACUAUAACACGACUUUCUGUGAGAUCAUGUUGGUUUAUACUGUAUGUUGUCAUCAUUUUAUUGUUUAUUUUAUUUUAUUGGAGGUUUUUAUAAAUACAUUAAUAAUGUGUCAAAUAACAUUUAAUAAAACCAUUUUUUCAAAACAAUUAAAUCAAAAAUUCUGUGGGGAAAUGUAUUUAAAAAAGUGCUUUGAGUCUGUAAAGUAACCUUAAAGGGAUAGUUUACCUCCCAAUAUUUUUUGUCAUCAUUUACUCGCCCUCAAGUCGUUACAAAGCUGUAAAUAUUGAUUUGGUAUGCUUAACACAAAAGAAGAUUUUUGAUCAAUGUUUGAAGCCAAGUCGAUUUUGUGCACCAUUAACUUUGACAGUACAUUUACAAUGGAAGUCAAUGGUGCUUCUAUUUCCUGAUUAAUAACAAAUAUCUUUCUCUUUAUUCGGCAAAACAGAAAUUUAUACAGGUUUGUAAUAACUUAAGGGUAAAUUACAGAAGUUUGAUUUUGGGGUGAACUAUCAUUUAAAUCUGUAUAAAGAUGCUUUAUACAAUAAGAUAAAUGGUUAACAGCCAAGUUGUCUAGGCAUGGCAAUAUUUUUAUAUUGAUCAUCCAUGAUAAUAUAAAAUGGCUUGACAGUGUUUAAAACAUAAUAUCAAUAUCAAGCCCUGUUAUUAUGUCCGUAAUGUAACAACACGGUAAAUCCUUUUCAGAACACAACAUCAAAACUCAGGUUGUUAAGUUUAAGUGAAAAAAAUCUAGUUAAUAUUACCUUGCACUGUACCUUGCUUUACUAAUGAAAGCAUAAAUGCUUAUGUUCCAUCUCACUCAGUCUACAUCAUCACCAUGGCAACCCAUUUUGUGGUUGUCACUUUGAAUAUAGCAUUAUCACAGCAGAUUUUUUUCUUUGGUUUGUCGAUCACCUGAUGUGUUUCUCCCUCUGUCAUCAAUCUCCAUUAGCUUUCCUCCACUACUGCAAUGCAUGGUCCUUCUGCGCGGACUGAGCAUGCUCAAAGACUGGUGAGGAGAGAGAGGAAGGGGGGGAGAGAGAUGGAUAUUAAGAGGAGGUAAAGAAGGAGGGGAAAUAGAGAGCAAGGGAAACCAAGAAUAGCAGGUAGGCAGAAUAAAGCAUAGCUCUGAUGCACUACAUACAGAAAGAUCAUCACGAUGUGCUUCGGAGAAUUAUAGCUAAGGAAUGAGGAGAGGAUGCAGUGACUGCAGUCCUAAAAGAGCAACCUCAGCAGUUGUGUGAAAAGCGGAGGCAUGCCGUAAAUUUUCUGGAUCUUUGCUGUAAAAUCUGCAUCUCAGGAAAAAUGUAUGCCUUUUAUUCUCUGCUGGUGUACAUCUUCUACACUGUCUUCAAAAAGGAGGAGGAGGCAGAACUGGAAGGGGCCUGCGGAGGGUCUCCAGAGGAGCCUGGCCAUGUUUCCAUGGAAACAGAGAGCAAGGGGAAGGGUAGCCACUCCCCCAUAUUGAAGAAAAGGGGGUGUGCAGGAUUGAGUGAUUCAAGCAGCAGCAGUGAUAGUGAUGGGGCGUCUCUCAGUGAUGAAGAUGAUGAUUUUGAUGAAGGUCACGGGAUACCUGCCAAAACACCUUUAACAGCCUUUCUGUCUUUCAAGCAUGAGGCAGAUAAAAAAAGAACCACUAAUGCCCAGACAGAACCAAGUGAAAAGGUGCCAGAGUCUCCACUGCUGUCGGUGAUGUCACACUUGUUGAGUUUCCUGGAGCAGUAUUCCCACCUGCAACAGCUGCAGCAGCAGGCUGAUCAGUACCGCCUGCAGCUGCGCAGACACCGCGCCCAGCAACGCAAAAAAAUGAAGGCCCUGCGUGCAACCUACCGCCAACGGCUCAGGGACAAAAACAGCGUCAUAAACAGCCUGGAGGACGUGAUUGCUCAGCAACAGACUACGUCGCCAGAAAAUGAAGCGUCUCCUGCAGGGCUGCAUAAGUUGGUGCAGUCUCUGUGCGGGUUGCAGGGAGAGAGGAGUCAGCUCAGAGGAGAACUGCGAACGCUUCAUUCCCAGCUUGAGCAGAGAGAGAGAGAUCGGCACACUAAAGUACAGGCUUUCCAACAGCAGAUUGAUGAGCUGAAGACCUGCAUUGAGGAAAGAGAAGAGGAGCUGUCCAAACUUAGAGUAACAUCGGGAGUAACAGACUCAGAAAAGCGAGUGCUUUGUUUGUCAGUGGAGAAUGAGAGUUUGAAACACAGUCUUUCAGUGACACAGGGUCUCUUACAGCAGCUGUCAGUCAUCCCAUCUCAGUCAAGUUCUGUUCUUAUAAAGGAAAAUGAGAACCUGCGCAGUCGUGUUCUGCAGCUGGAGAGUUGUUUGCAGCAGCGGGCGGAGCAGCUGUCUCGUGUGGAGCACCAGAGGGAGCAGAGCGAGUGGAGGAGAGCCGAGGAGCUGAAGAGAAGAGAGGACAGCGUCAGAGAGCUACAGCUGGAACUUGACAAAGAACGCAACAAGGCCCCUGUGGUUAAAUACGUUACUCAGACUGUGGAGGUGGAAUCGCCUUCAACCCUACGACAACUAGCUGAAGCUAGACACCAGAAUGAAGAGCUAUCUGAGAAGCUGACCAAUCAGAGAGAAAGAUGCCGACAGCUGGAGGAAAACAUCAGGCACUCAGAUGAAGUCAGCUGCAAUUUGCAACACAAGAUUGCAGCAUAUGAAAGGGAGAUUGGUACUCUAAGGGAAGAGCUGUUGAAGGAGAUUGUGCAUCUUGAAGAAAAGAAAGAGGCAGCUGUGAAAGCAGCAGCUAACUGCUCAGAGGAACAUCUCCAGAGCCUACAGGACCAGUUCACAACUCUCCAGAGGCGUUUAAGUGCUCUACCUCCAACCUUACGCUCCAUGAAGACGGACUACGCCAGUCUGCGUAGUCAGGUCCGCAACUUUUCCGACUUCUAUGGAUCAGCUAUCAAAGAAGCCAAGAAACAGAUUACGGCAGCUAUAAAUGAAAUGUCAGAGGCCAAUAAAGACCUUCUGGAAAAAUACAGAAAAGAGGUGGCACUCCGCAGGAAGUACCACGAGCAGUUGGUUGAACUUAAAGGUAAUAUCCGUGUGCUGUGCCGUGUGAAGCCAGUACUUAAGGAAGAUCAACAUGACGAAGGCCAAGCAGUGGUUGUGACAACAGACCCCCAUAAUGAAUCUGCCCUCACAGUUUUAAGCAAAGGAAAAGACAAAAACUUUGAGCUGGAUAAAGUAUUUCACCCUCAGGCAACUCAAGAAGAAGUGUUCCAGGAAAUUGAGCCGCUUAUCACAUCUUGUAUCGAUGGAUAUCACGUCUGCAUAUUCGCUUAUGGCCAGACAGGAUCUGGCAAAACCUACACAAUGGAGGGUACCCUUGAGAACCCCGGCAUCAACCAGCGAGCCCUAAAACACCUUUUCAAUGAGAUUGAGGAAAGAAAAGACAUGUGGACAUACAAUGUCAGUGUCAGUUCAGUGGAAAUAUACAACGAGGUCUUGAGAGAUCUGCUUAGUAAAGAUGGAGAGAAGCUGGACAUCAAGAUUAACCCUGAUGGGACAGGUCAACUACAUGUGCCAGGACUCAGGGUCAUGGAGGUCAAAAGUUUCCAGCAUAUCAAGAAAAUUUUGGCCAUAGCUCGAAAAAACCGAAUUACAUUUGGCACGCAGAUGAACCAGCACAGCUCUCGUUCACAUGCCUUGCUUACUGUUACUGUGCUGGGCACAGACCUCGCCAAUGGAGCCAAAACCACCGGUAAGCUGAAUCUUGUGGAUCUGGCUGGUUCAGAGAGAGUGUGGAAGUCCGGAGCAGAGGGCGAGAGACUAAAAGAAGCCCAGAAUAUCAACCGUUCACUGUUAGCUCUAGGAGAUGUGAUCCAGGCUCUGAAAGCUCACCAGACUCACAUACCCUUCAGAAACUCACGACUCACCUACCUACUGCAGGACUCACUGGGAAAAGGCAAUAAAACCGCCAUGGUUGUGCAGGUUUCUUCUCUCGAGAGUAACGUGGGAGAGACCCUGUGUUCGCUAAAAUUUGCCCAAAAGGUCUGCAAGGUGGAGCUGGGCCCUGCUGCACGGAAAAUUGAGACAGGAGGACAUAAUGAAACCAAAAGUUAACCAUCAAACGCUCUCCAGCUCCUGGCUUAGGCUUCCAAACCUAUUUAAGGGCUACAAGUCUGGAAGCUUCAAUGGUGCCACAUUAAAGCAAUGAGAACAGACAUGGUGUCAUGAUGGAGUUCCUACUUCCUCCUUCCAGCAUUGGGUUAUCGAUCUCCAUCAGCUGAUGUGCAUGUAAAAAUCUCACGAAUACAGAGCACCACCCGUAUACCGACAAGUUCUUCCUCAUAUGUUUAUAGAUACAUGUAGCAAUCAUAGAAAUAUUUUGCAGGGAGAUUUGUUUGGAAGUGUCAGAGGAUCUUGCAACACACCACGGUAUCUUAAAUCUUCUCGUUUCUAGCGUUAUUUACGCAAAGAACAUUGAAAUUAUUUUGUGGAAUAUAAAUGUAUAGUCUAGAAACUACUGGCCACAUGAUGUUUAUUUGUUUGUAUGUGGUCAGGCUGGACUACCACGAUUAUGUAAUCUGUCCUUCUGUACGUUAUUACAUUGAAUUUAGUCAAAAUGCAUCUUACUUAUAUGUACCGUACCAUUUACAAGUGUUUGCAGGAAUGUUAUUUAUUUGAGGGUGGAGGUUUUUAGAUCUAUGGUAAUUGCAUUCUUGAAAGAGGAUGAACCCAAUAAGUGAACCUACCCUUCACCUAAAGUUCACAUGGAAGUACUACAUAACAUUAAGUGCAGUAUCUCCUCCUAGUGGUCUCAUUGUUUAGUUUUGGUGUAAAUAAGAGUUAGUGUGCAGGACACCUUUAAACGUAUUACUCUUAAACCAUGUAAAUUUUCAUUAUUAUUAUUAUAGAUAUAUUACCAAGAAACCAAAACAAUAUUAUCAAUAUAUUUUAAUGAAUUACAUUUAAUUAUAGACUUUAGUGUAUUAAGUCUGUUUAGGAUAAUGUGAAAGGUGUUUUUGUUCUUUGGCAUCUUUGUUGUAGUCAUGUAGGAGGUAAGAAAUGCACUUUAUUGUCAAAGACCAUGUGCUUUCAAUGCAAAACUAUCUGCUUCAUAUACCUAGGCCUGUUGUUUGUUUCCGAAAUUAACUUUUCGCAUUGGCAGAUUUUAUCCAAAGUGACUUACAGUGCAUUCAAGCUAUACAUUUAAUCAGUAUGUAUGUUUCCCAGGAAUCAAACCCAUAGUCUUUGUGCUGCUAACACUGCACUCUACCAGUUCUUACACAGACAGCAGACGACUCUGGGCCGGAUCCGCACCGAAGUCAACAGCUCGGGUGUGAAUCCGCCCAGAUUCGUCUGCUAUCUGGGUAGCUACAGAAACAGUUAGUUGUGCCUACUUGUUAGACCUACUUUUGGCCAAAAACACAUUUAGGCCUGGUUUCACAGACAAGGCUUAGCUAAAGCCAUGACUAGGCCUUAGUUAAUAUAAGCAUUUUUUAUAAACAUACCCAAGAAAAAUACAUUAAUAGUGUGUACAUUAAGUCAAUGGCACUGGCAUAUUUUAAGAGCUGUAUGUGCAGGUUAUUUUCAGUUGAGAUUGCUUGUAUAUGUAUUGUAGUCUAGGACUUGCCUUAAGCCUCGUCUGUGAAACCAGGGAAUAAAGCUCUUUUAAAGAUUAGUGUGCCAGUAUUUAAAGGGACAUUCCAAUUUUUUGAAAAUAUGCUAAUUUUCCAGCUCCCCUAGAGUUAAACAUUUCGCACUGCCCGAAAAUAGUCCCCUUGGUUCCUUUCGAUGGCAGGGGACUAUUUUCGGGCAGUGCGAAAUAUCACUACGCCUGCUGCAGCCAUGUUACAUCAGCAAAGUCCUUGAUUAUUACACCAGAAUGAGAGUAUAGUUCCUGGCCAUAUCUGCCUAGAAAAUCACAACUUUUUAUUUUCUGUCGGUCUUAGUGCACGAUGUAACUACAGAAGAGUCAAGUUUUAAAUAGGAAAUAUAUUGAAACUCUUUGGUUAUUAUUUAGCGCGAUGCUAAUGGUCUAAUCAGAUUCAAUGGAUUGUGCUAAGCUAUGCUAAAAGUGCUAGCACCAGACCCGGAGAUCAGCUCAAUGGAUUCAAAAACGGUAAGAAUAAAAUGUUUAACUCUAGGGGAGCUGGAAAAUUAGCAUAUUUUCAAAAAAAGUGGAAUGUCUUUUAAAACAUUACCUAAUUGAGAUCUACAGUAACUCCCCUUUGGGCAAAUCCAUGUAUGUACUUUCAGUAAAUACAUUUGUGGUCGAUUUGAAUAAACCAUCCAAAAGAUACAAGUACUGUUUAUUACCGUGUUGUUUCGUUACUGCAUUGUCCCCGAUUUUAAAAUCUCUCAUUUAAUUCAUAUACAAUUUAAGAUGGAGUGCACGAUAUCUAAAAUCACUUUGGAAAAGAGAGUCGGGCCGACUACCA